ACACUCUGGUCGUUUACAAUUUUCUCUCGUUUCUUCAGUCUCGGUCCGAAUGUCGACGCGUAAAGGCCUACUGGGUCAUGGGUAUUCUCCAAAUGCCCGGCUUCAUUUCGAAUUAUAACGCGCGUGAAAAUAUUGCGAAUACGACAAUGGCUUCUUCUUCAGCGACUACGAGUAAACGUGCUAAUUCUCAUAUUCCUCCUCCUUCGAAUUUAGCCCAUGCCGGAGAAGAUUUCAUGGGUGAUUACGAAACAAGACGCGGUGUCAAUUCAAAGGUUAUAUUGGCCACGUUGGGCGAACAGUGCGCUUCAACUUGGAGAUGGAUACGUUCGUGGGCAUUGAAGUUGGAUGGCGACGAAGGCUCGAAUGCCGGCGACGAAGAGAGUAUCAAACAACCUUCCAUAAGGAUAAGUCAUUCAUUGCCCGAUUUAAAUCUCGAUCCCAAUCAACCGCAGCAUAACUGUCAGCCCGAAGUUGUUAAAGAUGGCAAAAAGGUACUGCGACAAAUAACAAUGCCAUCUGUGCCCACGAGACAUCAAACUUUUCAACGACAGUUAUCGCAUCGAUUGGAGUUCGAUGGUAUUGAAUUUAAAGUCUGUAAAGUCAAGCCCAGAAAUCAAACAUCGAUUGGCGAAUUCAAGCCUGAAUUGUACUCGAAAGAAUUACAAAAGCAGCCCUCCAUUGAAAGCAACGAAAACGCUGAGAAUAUGCAAUACUGCGGAAAACUCAGCUUCACUUUACGCUACGAUUUCGAAUUAGAUGCAUUAAUUAUAAAGGUCCUAGAAGCUCAUGAUUUACCAGUCAAAGACAUGACGGGAAGUAGUGAUCCAUACGUGAAAGUAUUCCUAUUACCAGAUAGAAAGAAGAAAUUCCAAACAAAAGUGCACAGAAAAAACUUAGAUCCAGUAUUUAACGAAACUUUCAUCGUCAGCGUGAAUUACGACGAUCUGCUGAAAAGACAUCUGCAAUUUUCCGUAUACGAUUUCGACAGAUUUUCUAGACACGAUUUAAUAGGUCAAGUCGUACUGAAGAAUUUAUUAGACGGUAACGAUCUCAGAGACGAAAUCGAACACACCAUGAAUAUUUUAUGUCCGCCGCAAGAUAAACUACAUCUCGGAGAGAUAAUGUUAUCACUAUGUUAUUUGCCGACAGCUGGUCGAUUAACUAUAACUAUAGUAAAAGCGAGGCACUUAAAAGCGAUGGACCUGACAGGAUCUUCGGAUCCGUACGUAAAAGUUUAUUUGAUUUGCGGUAAUAAACGUAUGCGAAAGAAACGUACGAGCGUGAAACGAUCCACGUUGAAUCCCAUUUACAACGAAGCCUUAACAUUUGAUGUGCCAUCGUCGAAUAUCGAAGAAGUCAGUCUUAUUGUGAAAGUAAUCGAUUACGACAGAAUCGGAUACGAUGAACUGAUGGGUUGUGUAGGUAUUGGCACAAGUUACAUAGGUACAGGACGAGAUCACUGGCUGGAUAUGUUGGAUAAUCCGAGGAAACCUGUAGCACAAUGGUAUACAUUAAUGGACUCGAUUCCAGGACCGACACCUUCUCCGAAUACAUCCUCGAUCAGAUUCAACUGCCUAACCAGAAGAAAAUGAGACUGGUGUUCAUGGUGCUGUUGUUUCAGUAAAAGAAGAGCCACCCAAGUAUAAAAAAAGUAAAAAAAAACUUCAUCGAAUUCGGCGCGAAUAUACUUCUGAGAAAUCUCGAGUGGUUCCAACAUUCAAAAUAUUUCAAAAUCCAAUGAUAUUAACAAAAAUACCUACACAUUACAUCAUCCGAAGAAAAACUUUACCGCGAAAAACGGCUUUAUAACCACGAUUCCAAGUUGGCCGCCCGCGCCGCCGCCUGAGAAACCCGCCAGCGAACAAUUUCAUACGUAUCAUCGACACCAUAGGUAUAGUAGGAGUAAAUUGUGAAAAUUUCACCAACCAGCGUUGUGCAAGUUUUUCAACUUUCGCGGCGAGAACAGUAAGACUAUAUAGUUUCCUUCAGAGAUAUACUAAGCGUUAUAAAUACCUACUCAGGUAUUUGUUCGCAUUUCUUGCUGGAAAGUGUUGUAGAAAACUUUCGAAAAGAGUUUUCCAACGGUAUAAGAGAUCAUUUUUGCAUACGAAUUUCGAAAGUACUACCUUUAAAAAACACCCUCAUCUCGACGAUAUGAUCGUUACCGGUGUAUUUUUAUCAUUUCCUCUACCUAACUCCCCUCCUGAUCCUUGCUAGCGAUGUGAACGACCUAAUAUAAAGAAUUCGUGUUUCUGUUUUGUAUACCUAUCUGCCCUAUGAAACCUUACGGAUCGUGAACGCUAAUUUUCCGAUGGAAAAUUUUCUAGUAGAUUGAAAUUAGUUUUUUUUUUUUCGUUUAGUUUUUUCUUAAUGAGAGAAUUGGAUAAUUAAAGCUUAGGUAGUCAAAGACGUGACCUGUAGUUAGCCAACGUGAAAAUGUAAAUUUAAGGGUCACUACAAAGAUGUUUUCCUUAAUUACUGAAGGUUACGAUUACCUAUUUAGUAUUUCGUCAAACAAUAGAAAAGGUUUUACUUGGAAAUUCCCCAGAGUUCGGAUUAAUGCCGCGGGAUGGUGAAAACAACGAAAAAUCAAAUUUUGUAUAAGAGGUCUGACUGAAUAGGUCAAGUUAAGAAAACCAACUCGCUUGAAUGAAAAUGAAUAACAAAGUAGAGAGGGAUACAGAAGGUACUCGUACUAUUAUGGAAAAUUUAUAAUGUUCAUUUAUUCAACGAGCUAUUCAAUUAUUACGUCGCGUCGUGAUCGUUUCAUAGGUUUGAAAACAGGAUACCGAAGCCGAUAGAAUUUGAAACCAAAAUCAAAAAUCAAUACUAAUUUAAAUCUAAAAUGAAUCCAGCAAAAUUGAAAAUAGAACAGUUUUUUAAACAUUAAAAUCAAUAUUUGAACCAAACGGAUAUUCCGAUAGACCAAAACUGAAUUCAACAGCCAGUGAAUCAAAACAGAUAUUCUGAAAAUUAUAGAAUUAAUAAACUUACAAACAAAGGAAUCUAUUGGUCACUCAGUCAUCAGUUUUUUUUUUGUUUUUUUUUUUGAAUAUUUUUACAAAGCAUGGACAAGGUCUAACCCAACAGAACAAUCAGCAAAAGUAGCAUAAAAGUCAAGCAUUUGAGACGACAUUUUUCAAAUUUCAAGACUUUUGGGAAUUUUAUAGGUGAAAAAAAUGAGAUUUUUAGCAGAAUGUUUCAAUCAAGCAAAAAUUGAUCAAAUUAGAAUAAAUUCAAACCAACAUUUUCGCGUUUUCAAAUAAAAAAUACGAGUAUUAAAAAAAUGUAGAAAAGUUUUUAAGUUCUGAGAGGAAAAAAAACACUGAAAAUGUCAAAGUUUCAUUUUAAAAAGAAACACAAGAUUUUUUGGAAUUUUGACAAAAAAUUGGGCUUUUUUUUAGCAAUUUACCUGAAAUUACCAUCUGUAGAUCGUAGUUCGUCAAAAAUUAACUGUAAUACACCAAAAAUCACCAAAAGUCUGCCGACAUUCACCAGUGAUUUAGGUACCAUAAAUUACCUCCAGACUGUAAUUUACCAAAAAUUGCCUGAAAUUUAUCACAAAUUAUUACCUGUAAUGUACCAGAAAUUACCUGUAAUUUACCAGAAAUAACCCGUAAUUUACCAGACAUUACGAUUAAUUUACCAGGAAUUACCCCAAUUUAUUAGAAAUUACACGUAAUUUACCCAAAAUUACCAAAAUUUAUUAAAAAUUACGAGUAAUUUGCCAGAAAUUACCGGUAAUUUCCCGAAAAAUUACCCGUAGGCCGUAACUUACUGAAAAAUAACCAGGCAAUUUACCAAAAAAAAACUUUAAACUUACCAGAAAUUACCCGUAAUUUACCAAAAAUUACCCGUAAUUUACCAAAAAUUACCCGUAAUUUACCAAAAAUUACCCGUAAUUUACCAGAAAUUACCUGAAAAUUACCCGCAAUUUACCAGAAAUUAACAAAAAAUACCCGUUAUUUACCAGAAAUUACCUCUAGUUUACCAAAAAUUACCCCGUAAUUUACCAAAAGAAUACCUGUAAUUUUUCAGAAAUUACCCGUUACUUACCAAAAGUUACCUGUAAUUAACCAAAAAUUUCCCCGUAAUUUACCAGAAAUUAUUUGUAACUUACCAAAAAAAUUGGUAAUUUUCCAGAAAUUACCCAUAAUUUGCCAGGAAUUACCCGCUAUUUCCUAAAAUUACCCGCAACUUUCCAAAAAUUACCCGUAAUUUACCAGAAAUUACCCAUAUUUUACCAAAAAAUACCCGUAAUUUACCAGAAAUUACCAAAAAUUACCCGUAAUUUACUGGAAAUUACCAAAAAUUUUCAUAAUUUACCAAAAAUAACCAAAACUUACUUGUAAUUACCAAAACUUUCCCAUAAUUUACCAGAAAUUACCCAUAUUUUACCAAAAAAUAUCCGUAAUUUACCAAAAAUUACCAAAAAUUUUUGUAAUUUACCAGAAAUUACCAAAACUUACCCAUAAUUCACAAAAAUUACCCGUAAUUUACCAGAAAUUACCCAUAUUUUACCAUAAAUUGAUCGUAAUUUACCAAAUAUCACCUCUAAUUUAUCGAAAAUUACCCCGUAAUUUACCAAAAAAAAUACUUGUAAUUUUUCAGAAAUUAUCCUAAUUUACCAGAAAUUACCCGUAGUUUACCAGAAAUUACCCGUAAUUUGCCAGAAAUUACCCAUAAUUUACCAGAAAUUGCCCGUAAUUUACCAGAAAUUGUCCGUAAUUUACCAGAAAUUGCCCGUAAUUUACCAGAAAUUGUCCGUAAUUUACCAGAAAUUACACGUAAUUUAACAGAAAUUACCCAUAUUUUACCAAAAAUUACCCGUGAUUUACCAUAAAUCACCAGAAAUUCCCGUAAUUUACCAGAAAUUACCAAAACUUACACGUAAUUUACCAGAAAUUACCAAAAAUUACCCGUAAUUUACCAGAAAUUACUCGUAACUUACCAAAAAUAACCCCUAAUUUACCAAAAAUUACCAAAAAUCACCCGUUAUUUACCCGAAAUUAUCAAAAAUCACUUGUUAUUCACAAGAAACUACUCAUAACUUACCAAAAAUAAUCCCUAAUUAACCAAAAAAUACCAUUAAUUUGCUGCAAAUUGAGCCAGUAGCCUAUAUAAUUCAGCUAAAAAUAUGUUGUUGGUAAUUUUAAAUUUAUCAAAAAUCAUUAGAGGGCACUUGUACCACCCUCGUUCAAAUUCUGAACCAAGUUUAACUCAUUGUUUUUGACUGGUUAAACUGAGUUCAACACCUUGAACGAGAGUCGUACAAGUGGCCCUAGUUAUUCAUCAAAGUUAACUUUAGAGCAUUUUUUUGAAAAAAUUGGUGCUCAAAAAAACACAUUUUUCCUCACUCGAUGGAAAUUCGCACACAAAAUGUCCUUUUGAAGGUGAAUCGUCGAAAAAAAAUUCAACAGAUUUUGACAAAAUUCAGCAGAGAUCUUUAUUUUGAGUUGAAAGUUACCAAUAAAAAUUUGUAGCUCCGAAGAUACCCCUGGAGAGAAAAUCUAAGCCCUGGGAGAAGGUGCAUUUUCAUUUUUUCAAUUUUUUGAAAUUGUCAAAAAUGGCCAAAAAAUUGGUACCACUGCGUUUCAAAAUACUUCCAAUAUUUUGGCAUAAUUAAUAAUUCGAAUAAGUAAGUAAUAUCCAAGAAAAAAUCUUAAAAACCUGAAUUUAUCCAAAAAAUACGCGAUUUGCAAAUUUUUAACCACUCAGUAGAGCCCUUAAAGUGGUCCGAAUACUUUCAUUUGAGACUGGACCAUUUUUCUCGAAAAAGGUUGUGUAACCACAGGUGCGAAAAAACCACGAUUUUUUCCAAAAUUCCUUCUCUUUGAGCGCUCAAAUCUCCCGUCCAGGGGUAUUACCUCCGAACCUAAACAUUUUUUUGGGUGAUUUUCAACUCAAAAUGAAAGUUUUUGCUGAAUUUAGUCAAAAUCCAUCGACUUUUUUCUUUAGAUCGUCAAUUUUUUAUUUAGGGGAUUGAAAUCUUUGCUGAGAAAAAUGAAAUAAAAUUGGUGACUGAAUGAUCAAGAGAUUCCCCAUGUUUGGUGAUCUUUCGAGUGCUUAAAAUAUUACACGACAUGACAUGACAUGACAGUCCGUUCAUCUCAAGAUAAAGUGCUCAGUAGAAAAUUUGAUGAAGAUCCCCCCUCUCCCUCUCCUCCUUCCAAUCUAAAAAGUAAAUCAUGUAGUAUCCAGUUUGUAAAAAAAAAAUAUGAUCAAUGGGAACAUUUUCACCUAUUAUCAUCCGAACCAAGACUGAAUAUCUAAUUCAUCUUUUUAAGGGGUCAAAAAAGUUCUAAAACUCUCUCGUUUCCAAUUAGUUAACCUUCGAUAAAUUCGAUGAGAUUUUGAAUCGUUGAAAAAAAUGUUACACAAUUGAAAGGAGUUUUUUUUUAAGGAUAGUAAAAUUCAAAUCUAAUCAACAUCCAAUUCCUGGUCACGAAGUAUUUAGACAAUACCCUCGAAAAAGUCCUUACGUCGUCGUCGUAUUUUUUCACGAGGAAAUAAAAUUUCUAAAAAUACAAACUUCGAGUAAAUUUCGCGCUAUAAAAUAUAUCGGCAAUAAUUCAAACCCCUAUUGAAAAUCGUCAUAAAAAAUCGUUUAAUAGUGGACUCGAAGACGUUAUUAAUACACAACGUAGGAGAACAAGGCGACGAUUCGAUCAACACCCGACAAUGGCGUUUAUUUGUAAUAAAAUUUAGUAUACAAUUUCUUUAACCAUCGAUGAUGAUAUUUCGUACUCUCUCAACCCUCGAAUUAAGUAGGUAAAUUGGCCUUAAAUUGGAUAUUAUUUUUAACGACCGAUAUAGCGUUCACGACUUCACGUUCGUCAUUGGUUGGAUGCGAUAUAAGAGAUUUCAUAGAGUUUAUAGGUACUAACAGAAACAAUAAAGAGGCGAAACGAAAUGAAAAGCAAAAGCCCAAAAUAACUAGAUCGUCAAUUACUCUAUAUACGUGCGAUAUAUACUCGUAUGUAUUCGAGGAGAGCAAAUAAACCAUGAAGGUUGGUAUAUGAUUCGUCCUCGAAAAUAUACACUAUACAUAAAUUUCCAUACGCCAUUAAUCAUUGGCUAACGUACACGCCAAAGAUUUAUUACCGCGUAUUAACAUUCGAUUGGUAAACCAGCUACACACACAUUAGCCGCCGUCUAUCACCAUCUUUAGGACCUCACAUUCUCCUAUGUAUUUUCGUUAUACAGCUUCAGUCUAUCCUUACAUAUAAGUAGGUACUCUGGCACCAAUAUACUACACACAACUAGUACACUAUUAGACAUAUAGGUAGGUAUACAUUUUAGGGUAGGUAUUCUCCUCCAAUAAAUUCUAAGUAGAUGAAAAUUCCUCAAUCUUUAUGUUGGUACCUCGUGUUUUCCUCCAAUCCUUUGUACUCGUAUUACUCUUUUUUGUUAUACUGUAUUUUUGUGUGGAUCUUGUUCACUGUAGGUAAGCAUUUAUCUAUACCUACGCAGCAGCACCAUGUCACGAACACUUCCUCCCUUCUCCAUGGUUUAGGCGUAUAUACCUGAAUGAUUAUGUGAUAAAGACCAUAUUUAUUAAUGGUAUCGAAAUAAAAUAAAGUGAUUUUACUAACUGUCGUGGAAAAAUUACUUGAAUUUUGUGUACGUUGUAUAGGUUUUUAAGGUACUAUAUUUUAGAUGACGAAUGCGAGAAAUUAUCAUUUUUUUCUGCUAUUCGUUGCGACUAGGUCAAUUAUUGACGCUUUGUGUUUAGCUUAUUGUAAUUUGUAAAUAAUGAGGGAAAAAAUGAAGAAAAAAAUUAAAUGAAACUCUAUAAUAUGUAGAUUUUGUAAAAAGAAUUCAAUAUCUAUUCUGAGUGUAUUUUUAGAUUCUUUGGUGUUUUUAGAACGAUUUUUAAGUCUGUAUCUUUCACGUCUCUCUUUCCACUGACAAUAACUGGUCCCUUAUUUCAUCUAGCUUUUAUCGUACACAGCUCCCAAAAAGUUUAUAAAAAUGUUUAUAAAUUUCUACUUUUUUGACUCCAGCUUUGACAAUUUACAGCAGAAUUAAAUAAAUCUAGUAAAGAAAAAUGGGGUGAAGUAUCCUCUCCUGAGAAAAACAAUUUAUUGAUUCUUUCCAAAUUCUCGAAAGUGUUGGACGAAAUAUUUGGAAGUUUCCUUCAAUGUAAUUCAAAUUUUCAAAACAAAAAUUGGUCCACUUCGACACGGGACAUGAACAUGGUUUUUGUGUUGGGAGUUAGUUGAUGCAUAAUUCGUGUAACGCUGAUCUGCGUCACGCUGACUUUUGAAAACUUGGAAAAAAUUUCGAUCGAUUUCCAAGAGCAAACUUAUAUUCUGAUUUUACAAUAUUUUGUCAGCCUUUUAAGAACUUUGGAGAAAAUUGUAAGACUUUUGAAAACUUUGAAAAAUGACAAAUGUGUGACAUUUUAAUACCUACUUAUUACUUAUAUCAGAUUUUCAAAUACUUUGGAAAAAGAUUUGAUCAAUUUCAAAUAUUUUUACAGAAGGAUUAAAUUUUAAAAUAUUCGUAUUAUUUGAACUGACUUUUGAAAACUUGAAAAAAUUCCAAAAAAAAAUCUUGAAAUCAUAUCAGACACUCAAAAAGUCUAAAAAAAUGAACAGUUUUUGAAAUUUCUCCUUUGAAAUAUACAUUCAGAUAUCAAAUCUUUUUUUGGGGGAGGGAGGGGGGUGUUUCUAACUUUCAAGAACUUGAAAAUUUCAACUGCCGAAAUUGUGUCAAACUUUCUUACUUGCUUUUUUCCAAAAAUUAUAAAAAAUUUACAAAAAAUCAACAAAAAUUCUACCAGUAAUGUACUAAAAAAUAUGUCAGUAUUUUUGAAGUAAUUUACCAAAAAUCAACAGAUGUCCACGAAAAGUUAUCACAACUUUACCAAUAAUUACCAGUAAUUCAUCAGAAACAUUUCUAGUAACUUACCAGAAAAAAAAUUUGGUAACCUGCUAAAAAAGUUUUCAGUAAGUCACCAAAAAUAACCAGUACCUAAUUCAGCAAAAACUUCAGUAAUUUACUCACAACUUCAAGUAAAUUACAAAUAAUCACCAGUUUUUACCUAAAAUUAGCAGUAAUAUUCCAAAAAUCACCCAUCAUUUACCGGAAUUGAAUUACUCGUCAUUUUCCAGAAAUUACCUGUCAUUUAUCAGAAAUUACCAGUAAUUUACCAGAAGUUACCCGUCAUUUACUAGAAGUUACCCGUCAUUUACCAAAAAUUACCCGCAAUUUUCCAAAAAUUACCCACAUUUUUCCAGAAAUUACCCGUAAUUUUCCAGAAAUUACCCGUAAUUUUCCUGAAAUUACUCGUUAUUUUCCAGCCCACCCGUAAUUUAUCGAGAAAAAACUAUCCGUAAUUUACCAGAAAUUACAUGUGAUUUACCAAAAAUUACUCGUAAUUUACCAGAAAUUACCCGCAAUUUACUAGAAGUUAUUUUCCAGAAAUUACACAUAGUUUUCCAGAAAUUAUCCGUAAUUUAUCGAGAAAACACUAUCCGUAAUUUACUGGAAAUUACUCGUAAUUUACCAAAAAAUACCCGUCAUUUACCAGAAAUUACCCGUCAUUUACCAAAAAUUACCUGUAAUUUACCAAAAAUUGUUAAAUUACCUGUAAUUUACCAAAAAUUGUUAAAUUACCUGUAAUUCACCAAAAAUUACCUUUGAUUUACCAAAAAUUACCUGUAAUUUACCAAAAAUUACCUGUAAUUUACCAAAAAUUCCUGUAAUUUACCAAAAAUUACCCAUCAUUUAUCAAAAAUAACCCGUCAUUUACCAGAAAUUGCCCGUAAUUUUCCAGAAAUUACCCACAAUUUACUUAAAGUUGCCGUAAUUUACCAAAAAUUACCCUCAGUUUUCUAGAAAUUACCCGUAAUUUAUCGAGAAAAGACUAUCCGUUAUUCACUGAAAAUUACCCGUCAUUUACCAGAAAUUACCCGCAAUUUACCUAACAUUACCCUGUAAUUUACCAAAAAAUGACCUCCCAAUUAACCAAAAAAUUACCACGUAAUUUACCAAAAUAACAUUUUUAUCAACUUGCUAGAGAAAUUUCCAGGAGAUAACGCAUCAAAAAUGGCCAGUACUUACCUAAUUUACCAAAAAUUACUAGUAAUUUUACCAGAUCUUAAUUCACUAAGAAUUACCAGUAAUUUUGCAAAAAUUACUGAAGAUUUGCCAGAAAUUUAAAUGUUUUAAUUUUUCGAGAAAAUGAGGAUGGUGGGUCAAAUUAAUUCAAGUGGCGGUAAAUCUGAUACUAACCCCCCUUCCCACUUCCCCACUCCUCUCAUCACCCUCCUCACCCCCCCCCCCCCCCCCACUUUCCAAAAAAUAAGUCAAGUAUUUUCAGAAAACUUUUUUUUUUGCAAUGAGAGUUGGAAAAAAUGAAAAUUUUAAAAUGAGGGUGAAAAUGGUAGAAAAAUUAAAAUUCAUUCAUGUCAAAAUUUUUGCAUUUUCAAAAAACACUGGGAAAAAAUUUAAAAAAAUGAAAACUCUGAAAGGAUAAAAUUAAUAAAAUUUCAAACAAAUUUUGAAAAAAUCAAAAAAAAAGAUUUUUUGCGAUACUUAAUUGAGGUAAGUAUGCAAAAUUACCAGUAAAUUAUGCUAAGUUGCAAAUAAUUUUACAAAAAGUACCGUCAUUUUACCAAACAUUACCUGCACUAACCAAAAAUUUUCAGUAAUUUACCUCAAAUUACCAGUAAUUUACCUCAAAUUACCAGUAAUUUACCUCAAAUUACCAGUAAUUUACCUCAAAUUACCAGUAAUUUACCUCAAAUUACCAGUAACUUACCUCAAAUUACCAGUAACUUACCAAAAAAUAUCGGUAAUUUACCAAACAAUACCGGUAAUUUACCAAAAAAUACUGGUAAUUUACCAAAAAAUACCGGUAAUUUACCAAAAAUUACCAGUAAAAUGCAGAAAUUACCAGUAAUUUAUCAAAAAUGACUAUAGUAAUUUACUCCAUAUUACAUACCAGGAAUCCAUCCGUAACUCCCAAUAAUUUGCCAACGAUUAUGGGUUAUUUACCAAAUUCUUACCAAAAAUUUACGGAAAAUUACUGGUAAAUUCAAAAUACGCUUUCUUGUUGAAAAUUAAACAAAGUUUCUUCCUAGUGUUUCGAAGUCUUGUACGUAGAGAAUUCUACAAUUUUUUUUCAAGUUUUCAAAUUCAGUACAUACAAAAUGAUGCGAAUCAGCAUUAUAUGGAUCGGCGUGACGUGGACCAGUGUAAUGAGGAAUCGGGUCUCAAAAAUUUUGGACAUAAUUAUCCCGGUCUAAAAAACAUAUCCAUGUCAAAAAAUUAAAAAAAUUCCUCAACAUAGACCUCCAUUAGUCACGAAGCAAAAAAAUUACACCAAAAAUAACAAUAAAUCGUACAUCUAAUCCUCCUUCCCAGCCCCGUAAAAGCCUUCUCUAUCUGAAAAUCAAACUCCUCCGAACCAAAACCCACCUCCUACGUUAUUUUCCGAGCAUCCGAUCAAAAUUGAAGGCUGUUCGAUAAAAACCUGACACUUUUCAUGCCCUCGGUAUAUGCCUUUACUUACUUUUAAGACCAUAAAACGCCAACUCGACUCGGCUCGGCUCGGUGCAGCGGCGUAUACGAGUAAGGUGGCUUUUAACGUCUCAAUUUUGGCACUUCACCUUGGCCAUAAACGCUUUGAAAUUCGUUAAAAUUAACCACAAUUUGUCGGGAAAUGCUAUCGAUUACAAAAUCCACGUUCCACGUUUAAAUCCACAUUUAAAACAACCAUUAACCUAAACCUCGUACAAGGUUAGAUUUUCAUAUCCUUUAUGUAGGUUUAGUUUGUACGUACUACGUUUUAUUACAUUACUAUAUUAUUGCAGCUUUAUAAUCCGACACCGACUUCGACACUCUGUUGGGUUUGCAAAUUCUCUCCAUAUAUAUAUAUAGGCAUCGCGGUAGGCUUAUGAGCCAAUUUUUCAAAAUUUCAAAAUUUUUAAAAUCAUUUUCAAUUUCUGUUCUAAUUAACUAAUCGAAAUUCUAAUUGCACAGUCAUUGAAAUAUAUAAUUCAUCUGUAUCAAGAAACAGAAUAAAAAAUUUUUGGAGAAAAUUUUUUCAAAAAAAUUUAAAAAUUUUUUGAACUAUAUUGAAUUUUGUGAAAAUUGCUUGGUUGUCAAAAAGUCUGAACCACAUCAAAAUUUUUGGUAUCAACAGUAUUCCCAUAGAGCAAUAAAAUGCAGAAAAAUCAUUAGUCAAAUUUAUCAUCGUGCAUACCCAAUUUCAACAGGGCUUUGGGUAUGCCGACCAGUACUUCCUAUUCUAUAGGCCUCAUGUUAGUACUACAUCUAGCGAACAUCUCUGAGAAACAUUUGGUGCGCGCAGCUAACUUUGACAAAACUAGUUUGAAACAGGUGGCUCACUUGUUAUGUAACUUUAGCCUUUACGAAGUGAGCCAGGCUGGUAAACCUACUGGCUCACUUCUUAUGCAAGAUUAACCCAUACAUGGGUUCAUAAGUGUGCUGUCGUGAACAUAUAUAUAUGUACGAGAAAAACAUACAUUCGCAAAGCCUUCUCUCAACAAACGUCCUACUGCAUUUGGUACUUAGCUACUUACUCGAACGUUGAGCAUUUCCCAACCACCUCCAGUAAGAAUUUAUUUUUCUACAUUUUUCACACGAGUAUAGAAAGAAUAUCAAAAUACCACCCCCCCCCCCACCCACAAUCCUUCGUACGUCGUUUCUAAUAACGUGAAAAAUUAAAUAACCUCAUUAUUACCACGAAAAAGAAAAACUACACCAACUACAUACAACCAAUUAUAAACGAACUCUACAUCAUCGUCUGACCCCUCCCCCUCAUCCUCCCCAUCUGCACAAUACACGCGAUAUAAACGAGUAAUUAUAUAUCCCUCUCCUCUUCCCCUCUCUUAAAUGACUCUCUGUCCCCCACAACUGAUCAUUUUUCGUACAACUAAUUAAUAACGACCCUAUCACUUGUUACUGCUCGCUGCUUACACCUUUUUUCUUUUAUAAAUUUGUUUUCCUCGUAUAUAUAUAAAACCUCCCCUCUUGUUUUUCUCUUCCAUCGUUAAUUUUUACCACUAAUUGAUUUCCAUCUCCCUUGCCCAUUUCCUCCCCGACAUUAAAGGUAAAAAAAUGUACUAUGUAUUUUAUUUAAUAUACGUGUAUAGUAAAUGUACUAUUAUUAUAAUUCUUGUUGUUGUUAUUAUUGAUGUUGUUGUUGUGAUAAAUAAAAUAUUAAGUUAGCAUGUCAUUUUGUGUCGUUGUAUAUAUAUUAUAGGGUGUCGCAAUUAUUUUUUUUUUUUUUGAAAUUUUGGUGAAAAUUAUUGAAAAAGGUAUGAGGAAUGAUGCUUCAGGUUUGACCUCAUAAAACCCUUUUAUUUAUUUAUUUGGGCUAUUUUGAAAAAAAUAUAUAUAUAAGGGCCAAGGGGGUUCAAAAAUAUUCCAUCGUAGUAUUUUUGGAAAAAUGUAAGCUAUGAAAAAAAAAUUUCGAUAAGUCGAAUUUUGAAUGCAAACUUUUUACCUCGAGCUUGAGGCAUUACUCCGCAACUUUUUCAAUAACCUUCUUGCAUUUUUGAAAAAGAAAAGAUUUUUUACAGCCCACACACCCAAGUCGACGUAUAUCUUUGUGUAGUAGCGACAUAUUAUGUAUGUUUUUAAGUUAUAUAAGAUGAAUACGAAUUUUGUAUUACGUACUUUUAUCAGCAUAGCGUUGUGAAUUGGUCGAUUAUUUUGCUACUAGUCGACAGUUUCAUACUUUUUUGUUUUUUUCAUUUUUAUCUGCCACCUCGAUGUAAUGAUUAAUACAUACUUAUAUGUAUAGUACAUACAUGAUCACGAAAACACUUGAUUCGUAUAGGUACUUUUCCUCUUCCUUGUACUCGUCUAUCUGAAUACUUUCCUUGUGACGAGAUGAUUUCCAGAUUCUCGUUCUCCUUUUUGUCUUUUUUUCACGAAAUAUGUACUUAGGUGUCCCUCCUACCUAUAACUUGUAUAAGAGUGAAUGUAAUAAGUGUAUACGUAUAAUACAAACGUAACUUUUAAGUGGUUUCGCUUCAUACUUAUACAUUUUUGUUUUUCUAUCACAGAAAUAAAUGUAUUUAUGUGCUGA